CUGGUCUGGAGAGGGAAACUAAUAGGCCUAGUGACUAUAGAUGAUUGAUUAGGGGCCGACCCUCUCGUCAUUUAGAGGCGGGGUGGUGGCGUAGAAAAAGAAGAGAGACAUCAUCGCAUCACGUUUUUUCAACAUUGAAGAAGUGAGAAUGUGAUGAAAAUUGAAAGUAACAGAUUAACACGGGGGUUCUUACCAUACAUUUCAAGACACGACUCAGUGACGGGUUGUUCUCUUACAGGAUGGAGAGUGGGGAUGACACUGUCCUGCGCUGCCGCAGCGCUUUACCUAAGAUGCCCACCAUUUCAGACCUGGAUGGUAUGGAUGGAGAGAGCAGCAAUGGAGAGAUCCACAGUAAUGGAAAAAUGGAAGUGGAGCGACUCAUCAGCAAGAAACUCCAACUGAAGAGGAAAGCAGAGCACUUGAAGUCUGACCUGAUGAGGCAGUUUGACUCCCAGGUGUUGGAGUUCAUGGACAGUCUGAUAGAGGAAUCGGCCAGCCUGGAGCCUGCUCCUGUCCCUGCUGUCUUCUCCCCUCUGUCAGAUAAAGAGAGGAGUAAGCUCAGGCAUCUCCAAGGGUCAUCCCAGGGCCAAGGCAAACAGUUUGUGGUCCGGAGGUCUUUGUUAGAUGAGCUGUUUGAAGUGAACCACAUCCGGACCAUCUACCACAUGUUCAUUGCCCUGCUGAUCCUCUUCAUCCUCAGCACCCUGGUGGUUGACUUCAUCGAUGAAGGCAGAUUGGUGCUUGACUUUGACCUGCUGGUCUAUGUAUUUGGACAGUUCCCCCUGGUGGUGAUUACCUGGAUCUGCAUGUUCCUUUCAGUGCUGGUGGUGCCCUACAGCCUGUUCCACACCUGGGCCUCUCACUACCAUGAGUCCAGCCAUGGGACCCUGUGGUCUCUUAUACUGGGCUCUCUCUUCCUGCUCUACCAGGGCCUGGGCCUAGGCUUCCUGCCUACCUUUGUGGUGGUGAAGAACAGCUUUCCCCCUGCAUCCUGCUUCAUCAUCAUCCUGGAACAGGUGCGCCUGAUGAUGAAGGCACACUCCUAUAUCAGGGAGAAUGUCCCCAAAGUUCUGGCUUUGGCAAAAGACAAAUCCAGCUCCUCCCCAGUCUCUCCACUAAUCCCACAGCUGAGCCACUAUAUCUACUUCCUCUUUGCUCCCACCCUUAUCUACAGAGAUAAAUAUCCCAGGAAUCCCGUCAUCAGGUGGAGUUAUGUGGCCUCUAAGUUAUUACAGGUUCUAGGAUGUCUCUUCUAUGCCUACUAUGUGUUUGUGCGCCUCUGCAUCCCACAGUUCCGCAGCAUCAGCCAGCAACUGUUUGACCUGCGGGCCAUGGUCCUGUGUGUGUUCAACUCAAUCCUGCCAGGAGUUCUGGUUCUCUUCUUGGCCUUUUUUGCCUUCCUGCACUGCUGGCUCAAUGCCUUUGCUGAGAUGCUGCGGUUUGCUGACAGGAUGUUUUACAAGGAUUGGUGGAACUCCACAUCCUUUGCCAAUUACUACCGCACCUGGAACGUGGUGGUACACGACUGGCUGUAUUACUAUGUGUACUGUGACUUCCUAUGGAUGUCGAAGAAGAGAUUUCGGGCGGCAGGCAUGUUAUUGGUCUUCACUAUGUCUGCAGUAGUGCAUGAGUACAUCUUGGCGAUCUGCUUCGGCUUCUUCUACCCAGUCCUCUUCUGCCUCUUCAUGUGCUUCGGAAUGAUGUUUAACUUCAUUCUUCAUGACCGGAGAAAAGGCCCAAUUUGGAACGUGAUCAUGUGGACUGCUCUGUUCCUCGGUCAGGGGGUCAUCAUCUGCCUCUACUCCCAGGAGUGGUAUGCACAGCGCUACUGCCCCCUUCAGGAGCCCUCUUUCCUAGAGCUGCUGAAGCCGCGUUCCUGGAGCUGUCACCUCCAGACCAACCCAGCAGUCGACUCUUGAGGGGCUGUAACUGACAUCACAUUGAACUACUGAACCGACAACACUCGCCAAUCUAUUGAAAGUGUUUAGGAAGAGCACAACCUCCUGUUUCUUUCAAGACUUUUUACUUUUUGUUUGACUUAAUUUUUUUUGUGUUCCACUAGUAAUUCUGACUGAUAUUGAGAGACUGCUUUAUUCAUUUGAAAGGGCAUGGAGUGAGUGAGACAUAUAAUGGCCUCUGUCAUUCACAAAGAUGCCUUAUUUAUCAUUUUAGUUUCAUGACAAACCUAUUGGAAAUCAGGGUAACAUAGAGCACAUARAAAUGUUAACAGAAUAUUUUUUAUUUUAUUUAUACUUUUAAUUUCAGCCUGGAUACAAUUACCAUAUUUUUUCAUUUGAAAUGCACUUUCAAUGCCAAUAUGGUAAAUUGUAAAAUUGCUGCUUUUCCCAAAAGUUGACCUCUUAGCAAACAUGCAGUUAUAUAUAUUUAGCAAAUAAUUUACUUAACAUUUUAUUUUUAUGAACCCAGACAUUUCAAAUGUUCAGCCACUGUAUUUUGUGUCGUCUAGUCUCCAAGGUGUUUUAAGUCAUGUUGAUGGAGAUCAGGGUUGGGCUCAUUUCAGAAGUUUGAAAUUAACUACGAUUCAACUCAUGAGUUGAAAUUAGAGUUGAAUUGGCUGCACCCCACAGGAUGUAGAGUUUGUGUGACAAAGUAAUUCAAGGAAAUUUCACUCAUCAUACAACAUGAGUUUCAUUGAAUCUCACAGUUCCAGAUACCAAAUAAUAACUUUUCUCUGGAAAUAAUGUUUAUAACCUUGGUGCUUAGAAUAGCCAAUUAUAUUUCUGCCAACCCUUUCAUUUGUUUGGCUUCUUUUUGAUGUCCUCAGGGUCAACUGCAGGGUUACACUAAUGCAUUCUGGGAAAUGUAUUUUCCUCAUUGAACAAAAUCAAAUCAAUUUAAUGAAAUACAAUAACUUUGAAUAUUCACAUACAGGUUUUGUUUCCCUUGAUCGUUCAGUUUGUCCUGAAAAUCAAUUGUUUUAACAAUUUUAUAUGCAUGUAUAUAAUGACAUGUAUCAUGUACAAGAUGUAUAUUUGUAUAGACUACACCUAAUAUAGAUUAGAGGCAUUUGAAUUUCUCUGAAUUCAAUUACAUUUCCUUUCAGUCAAGUUUGAAUUGCAAUUUUGUAUGCUGUUUACUAUUUUAAUUGGAAUUUGAGGCAUUCUCCAUUUCAAUUCUGAAGUGAGCCCACCCCUGAUGGAGAUGUUAGAUUAUUAAACAAAAUUGAGAUUAGUUUGCUCUGUGAUUACUGGUAUGAAGGUAAGAUGUGAAGCCUUUGUCAGAUGUGAAGCCUUACACACAAGAUUAAUGUUAAUUAAGAAUAUGUAUUUAUUCAAAAGCAAUAUUGAAAGUGUUCCUUUACCAAUCAAAAAUUCCACACCUGACCUUGAGUUGGUGGAAACUGCACUGCUGUUGCAGCUGGCUGCUCCAAUGUUGCCAUUAUCAGUAUGACUGAUGCGUGUAUUGUUUAUUUACUUACAUCAUUACACUAACUGUUGCCAUUAAUGCUGUAAAUUAGGGAUUCAAUUUCAGCUUCAAUCCAUGAGUCUGAUAGACUUGUCGUUUUGUGAUUGUCUCUCUAUGGAUUGUCUAUCUAUGGAACAGUUUUUGUUUUUGACUCAAACCAUGUAUGGUGAUAAUUUAAACCACCAGAUGGCGCUGUAAUGUAAUAUUUUUGAAAUCCUACUUGUUUCUCGUGACAAUCUAUUUUACUCAUAACUAAUUGUUUAAGAAGGACCGUUAACAAAACAUUGUUAUAUAGAGAAACGUGUGUUUGAAUGUGUGUGUGUUUAUAUAUAUAUAUAUAUAUAUAUAUCCUAUCAAGAGAUUUUGUUGCAAGACUACUUCAGCCUGUAUUGUAAUUGGGACACUGUUUACUAUUUGUGUUCGUAUUUCAGUGGUUAUUUCGAGCCCACUUUUGAUAUUAUUAUGAUGCUCUUUUGAUCAUUUAGAAAAUGAGUGAUACUUUUGUUCGGAUAUUUCUAUUUUUGAACAGAGAUUGACAUUCCUCUAUUUUUCUUGAUAAAUUUAUGGAGUUAUAGUGUUUAAAACAUUUAUUUGGUAUUAUACGAGAUAUGUUGUAUAAUAUUUACCAUUACAGUGCAUUAGGUAUAUGUCAGGUUGAAAAUAAAGCUAUAAAUCUAUAUAUAUUUUUGGUCUUUUAACCAAACCCUGGGUUAGAAUUGUGACUGCAGCAUUUUUUACUUUAAAAAGAACAGUUAGGGUUUUUGAUGUACUUUCCAUAUAGAAUAUUGUACAUUUCAUAAUGUCAAGACAAUACAAAGUUGAAUGGAUUUUGCUAAAUGCUUUUUGUCAUAAACUUUAUUGUUAAUACUUA